CUCUCUCCGCCAGCUCUCAGUAGCCUACAUCACUCUCCUCCUCCCUUUAUGGUGCGCUGCACCUGCCUCUGAGCUCAUUGGCCGCCGCGCGCAGCGACUCCAAAAGUGGCGUAUUUCUCCGUGAUGGCUCUCCGCGGGGCGCGCGUUGUAGCGGGGUAUCCGAGCCCCUGAGCAGCCCCUCUGACUCGGAGCCGAGGCGUCUCCUAAAUACUAUACAAAGUAUGGAUGGUGUGUGUGAGCUUUCUGCGCAGGAAUAGACUUUUCGUCCGUUCCUAGAGCGGAGCCACCGGAGUGGUGAGAACCAAAAAGAAAACGGUCCCACCGGGACGGGGGAGCUACGUGACGGAUGGUUACAAUAAGAAAGAGACGCCUUUUACGCGGAACGUGAGUUUGAUUUUAGGUCUUUCUGAUGGAGGGGUACCCAGGUUUGUAUGUCAACAUAGAUUCUUAAAACAAGAGAAGGAGCUGGUUGGGGUCGUGGUGCUGAGGACUAAAUGGUCAUUCCUCGUUCACGGUCAGUGAGCGAGAGGAGCGUGCUGCCGGUUGUGUCGCCAACUGUCAACUUCCCCGUCAUGAAAUCGGUAUUUUUCAGCCGUUUCUUCAUCCUCCUGCCUUGGGUUCUCAUCGUCAUCAUCAUGAUCGAUGUCGAUACAAAAAGGACGUCACGCACUCCGGCCGUGGCCCGAGCAGGGAGGACCCAGCAUCAGCGGACCGCCCGCCCCGGCGCACCGGCCGGGGUCAACCGGUCCUUCAUCUACGCCAUCACCCCCACCUACACCCGUCCCGUGCAGAAAGCGGAGCUCACCCGGCUGACCAAUGCCUUCCGCCAGGUGCCCAGCUUCCACUGGAUAGUAGUGGAGGACUCGACAACGCGCACGGAGAUGGUGGCGCGCUUCCUCGCCCGUUCUGGUGUCCCGUACACUCAUCUGAACGUCUUCACGCCCCGCCGGUUCAAGAGGACCGGGAUGCCGCGCGCCACCGAGCAGAGGAACGCGGCGCUCGCGUGGCUGAGGCAGCACCGGACCCGCCGGGAUGCGGGAGUGGUGUUCUUCGCGGAUGACGAUAACACCUACAGUUUAGAACUCUUCGAAGAGAUGCGAGGCACCAAAGCCGUGUCUGUGUGGCCGGUGGGCUUCGUGGGGGGCCGGGCCUACGAGCGGCCCAUCGUGACCGGGGGGAAGGUGGUGGGCUGGUACACAGGAUGGAGGCCAGACCGACCCUUCGCUACGGACAUGGCCGGGUUUGCGGUGAACCUCCAGGUGAUCCUUGGGAACCCGCGGGCUCAGUUCAAGCGGCGGGGGUCCCAGCCCGGCAUGCAGGAGUCCGACUUCCUCAAGCAGAUCACCAACGUCAGCGACCUGGAGCCCAAGGCCAGCAACUGCACACGGGUGCUGGUGUGGCACACUCGCACGGAGAAGCCACACAUGGGGAACGAACCAAAGUUCAGGAAGGACACGGUGGUGAUCGAGGUUUGAGCGCCCCAAGCUCAGAUCCCCAUCUCCACAGGGAGGGGGCGGCGGGGGGCGUCACGGCAGACCCUCCUCUCGGUAUCGGGGAUGAGACGAGCAGCACGGGACGGACACGCCUGGAUACCAGGCCCGAGCCCUGAAGCCUCAAACCGUACACUGCAUAUGAAAUGGGAUUUCUUUGGGUAAUCCGCUGGAAAAAAAGCACGGGACAUUCUCCCCCUCAACUGUCAAGGGCCCAGGUCUCUCUCUCUCUCUCUCUCCCUGGGAGUAAGGGGUGAGACCGGGAGGGGUCUCUCUCCCCCUUUCUCUCAGGGAGUUAUGGGUGAGACCGGGAGGGCUCUCUCUCCCCUUUCUCUCUGGGAGCGAUGGCUGAGACCGGGAGGGCUCUCUCUCUCUCUGUGGGAGUGUUGGGUGAGACCGGGGGGGGAGAGACACUGCAUGCGACCCUGCUGAAGAGGAUCACCCUCUCGUGCUGUGAGCAGGACUUCAGAGACGACGCUGCCCUGUGCUAUGGCUGUUUGCGGCUCCUUUAUAUCAAAGAAGAUCUGGUGUUUUCUGUGAAUUUGUUUAGUUUGUCGUGUGUGCGUUAUUUUGGUUAACUUAUGAGGAACUGAUGGAUGCAAACACACCAACAGUGCUGUUUGAUCCACUAGUUUAUCCUCCCUUUUUUCCUUUGUUUGGUCCAAUCUCACGGGUAGGCAUUGUUUAGGAAAAACGGUAAUGAACAUACUUUUCUUAUUCUAGAUUAGUUUUGGGGUUCAUUGGUUUAAAGUGGAUCUUAAGCAGUUCCCCACCUACCGUCGUCAUCUGAGCCAAACCAUAAUGGGGCUGUGAACACUUCCUACGGGCCUGCAGAUCUAACAAGAAGAUAGAAAUGGAAAUUACUUUGUAAGAAGAAAAAACGAUCUUGGACUUGGAGGGUGGACACUUUGCAAAGCCCCGAUGUAUGAAGUCCGUCUGGCUCUGCGUAUUAAAGUGGCUCUCACUGUGUGGCUGGUGGACCGCGCUGCUGUCAAUAAUGCAAAGCCUGUGGUCCUAACAACAAAGACACCUGGCCUGAGAAGGAGACUUCUUAGUCCUUCUCACGGGCGGGAGGAUUACAGCAAGGUGGUGAUGUAAGCUUUGAAAGGAAUACUAUCAUCAGCACCUUGCAGAGCCCACAUCUUUCACAGCCAGCCCGCCAAGUGAGGCGAUCAGCCUACGUAUUCUCAAAGAAACGUGUCUGCAUUGUCCCGUGUUGAUAUGUGUGCGUGUGUGUGUUUGUUUGUUUGUUUGUGUGUGGGAGGGAUGGUGUUUCAUUAAACACAAGGAAACAAAGAGGUCCAGGAGAACAACCGUUUAUUCCAAAUAAACAUAUUGUAAAACUCAGAAAACAAAAAAAUAGAGACAGGAAAGACUGAUGAAAUGGAACCCUUACAGUUAAAACUGGUCACAAUAUAUUACAGCAGAGUUGGAGGGCGGAUCACCGUUUUAAUGCACAAAACCUCUUUUUACAGUACUAGGCACCAGAAAAUUGUAAACAUCCGAAAUAAACCUGGAAGACGUUGGAAUUAAAUUUGUCUCUAGUUUCUGCGUGUCCCCCAUGCUGGCUGUGUGUGGCUCUGUGUCUGUGGCCCUGUGUGUGCGUGUGUGUGCACGUGUGUGCGUGGCUCUGUGUGGUUGCGUGAGUGUGUAUCUGUGUGCUCAUGUUUGUUUUGCUCUGGCUUCAUUACGAUAUCUUUCAGCCACUGUUGCUCCAGUCUCUCGUGUGUGUGUGUGUGGCCCUUCCUCGCAGGACGCGAGCGGAUUGGACAGUGAUGAUGUCAUCAGUAGACCCGGGGCCUUCGCCGGGGACCCAUCCAGUGAUUUUCAUGCAGGUCCCCAAAACAGGAAAAAACGAGAUUACAAAUUAAGAGCAUUCAACGGGCGCCGGCAUCACUGUCCAAACCACACGCUCUCCAGAUGGGCUCUCAGUGAUGCAUGGCUCCAGACGCCACAGCUGGGCCCCUAUGGGUCGUCCAGGUUUAUUUUCUUGUUAUUUUUGUUGUUCUCUUGCAUUGCACAGAAUAAAAUCAGCACGGAUACACAUCGCAAAAAAAAAAAACACAAACCGACCGGGCAGAGUAAAAAAAAAAAAAAGAA